AUUUUAUUGACGUCCAUUGUGUGGUAGACAUUUUCUGAAAAUGGAGUGUCUUCGAUGUAACACGCUUUGUGAGGUGGGACAGACGUUUUGUUUGAGAUGCAACGCAAUCGUCGAGGGAGAGCGAGACCCAGGCAGUCUGAAAGAUGUGGCUGUUGACUGGGGUAGGAGUAGGACAGCUGAAGACACCCCCCUGCCAAUGGAUUGUUUCUCAGAUGAAGAGGAAUUUCAUGAUGCCAGUGAUCAAUUCUUUGACUUCUACCUUGGGGAAGAUGAGGACACAUCUCAGAGAGUACAAGCUAAUGAUCUAGAACCAGAGCCAGCUAAACAGAUGGAUGCUGCUGUAGCAGAACCUGUGCCACCGGAAAAGAUAAAGAUAGAUUAUGUCAGCAGUGAAUCAGUGUCUCUGAGUUGGGACAAACGUGUUGGUGUUCCUGAGGCAUGUCUUGUGACCUGUUCCUGUGACGGAGAGGAAGUCCAGAAGAUAACAACUGUAUCCAACACCCUGACGUUCUCCAGUCUGAGUCCAGGUGUCAAGUACUCCUUCCACGUCUCUACGGUGCUGAAGAACGGGACCAAAAGCAAGUCUGCUGUGACAUAUGCACGCACAAAGCUGUCCUCCCCCGGAGAGAUAACAGUUCACUAUGUUGAGAAGCUCACCCUGAGCACUGUGCUGCAGAUUGAUGAGAAGACCGUCGACGAUGAACCAGCUCAGACUCACUCAGCCCUGCCAUGGACUUUCCUAAAGAGGUUAAUGAUGGUUAAUGUAACAGCUAGAAGUGUGAAAUGUACCUCAUCAGGAGGUGAGGAAAGUUGUGAUGCAGACCUAGAUGUGGAGAGUCUGUUUAAUAACUUGGACUCUAGUAAUGUUGUGAACCCUUUAGACGUUGUUACUGCUCUCUUUCUUUGCUCUAAUGGUUUUCUGCAGCAAGAGAUGACCUUGAAAAUGUCAAUGUGUCAGUUUUCAGUACCCCUUCUUCUCCCCAAUUGUGACACAGAAAAGUGCACGCUCAUGCUUUGGGCAAUGCGAGACAUUGUCAAGAAGUUCAGACCUCAUUCAUUGGCAGACCCAAGAGGAUUUGUUGAAGACAGGAUUGUUCUGUCUGACCUCCCCAUGGUCUCUUUCGUCAGAUUGGGCAAAUGCUCCUUGUCCAAGUCGCAGAUUCUGAACAAGCUUCUGAGUAAUCCCCAACAGUAUCAUGAUACAUUUGUCCACCACGAUAUGGAAUGCGGUGAUAGCCCAAGGAGGAUAUCCAAUGGAUUGGUUGAGAUAAGCUGGUACCUCCCAAGUGGGAAAAAAAAUAUUGACAUUUUUGGUGAAGCUGUUGCUGUAACCAAUCUGAGAGGGGACAUCAGUUCCUUUGAGACCCAGUACUCCUUUCUUUGUCAGACCUCUGCAGCAGUCUUUGUGUUCUUUGACAACCUGGACAACAAGUACAAGCUACUGACCAGCCAACACACCAAGGCACAGCUGUUUCUGGUGGGUAACCCACAGAGCAAGAGUUUCAGCAUUGAUGCUUUAAAGAAAACAGCAGCAGAGUUGAACUUGAAGAAAAGCAACAUCAUCCUGAAAACCAAACAGAUGAAUGAUGCAGACUUUGUGAAGAACCUGCGAAACACAGUUGGUCAGGUGAUCAAGAAUUCAAAGUCCAGAAUGCCAUUGGAGCAGAUCGCUGAAGUGGCACACGAGCUUGGGAUUUUGGUUGAUGAGGACUGCCAAGAAUGUCAGAGUGCCAAGCAAAAAGCUGAUGGAAUUACCUCAAACAUACAUGACACCCCACAGUAUAAGGAACGUCAGCUUCCCUUGCAAGGACAGAUCUGGAAGGAGCUGGCACGUCUAGAGAAGAAAUGCAGACUGCGGAAAGCUGGGAACCAGAACCUAGAGAUGUACAAAAGUGAACUGCAAACAGAGAAGAGACAACUUAGGGAACAGCAAAGAUUGUAUGACAUGUCAGAGGCAAUGACCUGCUUCAUACAUGGAAUAUCAGGCACAGGGCUAGAAAGGUCCUACUUCUUGAAAUGGAUGAGAAUGAACCUGGACAAUAUGGCUCGUAAAAACCUUUCUGGCCUUAGGGACCUGUACAAAGAAAAGUCUCAGAAUUGGUCUGAAAACCAAGAUGAAAUUGCAUACCUUGAUAGACAGAUUUCAAACAGUUCUUUGGGAACCGAACAUUUCCUACGUGAAAUGGGUCAACUGUACGAAUCUGCAGUCUUACUGGGAGAAACUGAAGAGUCACGGCAACAACUGCAGCACCUGCCCAAACUAUGUGCUGAGCUGCUUCUGGAUGGGUUUCCUCUGGAGCUGGUGGACGGAGACGCGUCCAACAUACCUCUGAGAUGGGUGAGUGAUGUGCUGCAUCAGCUCAAUGUCUUGGUGAAACCGAAGAACAAGAUCCUGGUGGUAACCGUUCUAGGUGUUCAGAGCACAGGAAAGUCCACUCUACUGAAUACAAUGUUUGGAGUGCAGUUCGCAGUCAGUAGUGGCAGAUGCACAAGAGGGGCCUUCAUGCUUCUCAUCAAAGUCAAAGAGGACUUCAAGAAAGAGCUGAACUGCGAUUUCCUUGUGAUCAUCGACACAGAAGGACUGAAGUCUCCAGAGUUGGCACAGCUGGAUGACAGCUAUGAGCAUGACAACGAGCUAGCCACAUUCGUUGUUGGGCUAAGUGAUGUCACAAUAAUCAAUAUUGCCAUGGAGAACUCGAUUGAGAUGAAGGACAUCCUGCAGAUCGUCGUCCACGCUUUUCUCCGAAUGAAAGAGGUGGGAAAGAAACCCAGGUGCCAAUUUGUCCACCAGAACGUGGCAGAUGUCUCGGCACAUGACAAGAACAUGAGAGACUGGAAAAUGCUCUUGGAGCAAUUGAAUGAGAUGACCCAGGCAGCAGCCAGAAUGGAAAACAAGGAGGAGAACAUGAGCUUCACAGAUGUGAUGGAGUACAACCCAGAGACUGGUAACUGGUACAUCCCUGGACUUUGGCAUGGAAACCCUCCAAUGGCACCUGUCAAUGCCGGAUACAGCGAGUCCGUCUACGAGUUCAAAAAGAACAUGAUCAAGGUCUUCCAGAACUGUGAAGCCUCUGGGAACAACAUCAUGGACUUUCUGGAGUGGACAAAAAGCCUUUGGAAUGCUGUGAAGUAUGAAAACUUCAUCUUCAGCUUCAGAAACAGCCUGGUGGCUGAUGCCUACAUGAAGUUGUGCAUUGAGUUCAACAAGUGGGAAUGGUCUGUCAGAAAACACAUGCACACAUGGAUGACAAGUGCUGAAACAAGGAUUUCCAACUUUGGAACAAUAGCAAUGAAAUCUCAAACAGGAGAUGUGAGGGAUUUUCUCUGUCAAUUGAAAAGUGCAGCCUCAACGGAACUUAUCAAAUGGGAGAAGACCAUUCUUGACAACCUGACCAAGUACUACGAACAGACAGAGGGCCAUGUCUAUCUUGUGGAGAGAUACAGAGAGGAUUUUGUAAACAGCACCAAAAGUAUGAAAAGGGAGAUGGAAAACUCUAUAAUGAGUAAACUGGAAGCUGCUGUUGAGAUUCGACAAGGAAUGAAUAAGCUUGACGGAAUCAAGAAAAAACAUACAGCCGUGAUGGAGGAGAAGGUGCUGAAGUUGCUUGAGGACUGCAGAAAGAGCCAUUCUGAGCGGUCAGAGAAGGACCUUGAUAGAGAAUUUGAAAAGGUAUGGGAGGAAACCGUGCAGGAGCUCUCUUUUACAGGAUUAAAGAAACGAGACAUUGUGAGCGAUGUUUUCAACCAGCUCCGGUCUAACAUGAAGCAGAAGGGAGGUUCAGUGAAUGAAAAGCUGAACAAAGAGAAACUUGAAGAUCAUGGAAAAGAACCCUUCAUAGUCACUCCAGAGGGGUUUUUCAAGAGAUUAAUUACGGGGAUUUAUAUGGAUGAGCACACAAGAAAAACCCAGGCCAUGGCAGACAACCUUAUAGAGAUAUGCAAACAAUUUGUGAAUGAGAAGAUCCAAAAUAAAACAGAUUACAAUGACACAUACAUUCAAGAGAUCAUACACAUGAUUGAAGAGAAGUUGAACGCCAACAGAAAUCUUGGAACAAGCGAUAAAUUUGAAGUCUCCAUUAAAUUGUACAUUUGUGGGUUUGCAUCCAGGGCUUUCCAAUCAAUGCAUGAACAGUUCAUAUGUGACAAUAAUCCUCGUUUGUGCCUUGAACAGUUCAAAGGUAAAUACUUGGCGAACUUCAAAGACUUGUUCAAUGGACAAGAUCAGUGUCGGAAGAAAUCUGUGGAGUUCACCAACCUGUGUCUUAAACCUGCAGUAGAAGUCUAUGUUGCCAGUUCCCUGGGUCCGGAAAUUGUUGACGAAAUGCUGACAGGACAGAAUGCCUUUCAAUUCAGCUCUCGGACAUUUUUCCAGUACUCUAUCCUGAAGCAACUACUGUCAGAAUUCAACUUUGCCAACUACGUGAGCUACACUUGUCACUAUGAAGCCUUUGUCAAGAAUUGGAUUUUGGGUGAAAUGUUGAAACGAUUUUCACAAGGGAAAAAAAUGUUUGAGUUGGAAGACUGUCAACUCAAAGGGAUCAUCAGAGUCAUCACUGAGGCAAUCACAAAAGUACAGACGAAUAAGAAUGGCAACAUAAAGGAAUUAAUUCAGGACAUAUGCAGGGAACUUGGAGAGAAGCUGGUCAUCCCACAAGAUGCAUUGGAAGCCACCAUGAUCCUCAACAAUUCCAACCAGGAACAGUUUUCCUACUGGCUCAAAACAUCUGUGGUGGAGAUGGAACAGUCUCUGAGAGAAGAAUUCAGAAAUGCAACAGAUGUAAGUAAGAAAUUGGAACAAAUGAGGAUUAAACCACAGAAUAUCCUGUUCACAAGAGUGUUUGGCUGCGGGAAGCAGUGUCCAUUCUGCAAGUCACCAUGCGAGGCAGGAGGGGAGGCCCACAAUGAUCACUGUGCUUCAAUACACAGACCACAGGGACUUGGUCGAUACAGGUUUGAUGGUUCAAAGGAACUCGUGACUGAUAUCUGCUCCUCCUCUGUGUUCAGUGAGAGUUCUUUCAGAUGCUAUGAGACAAAUGGAAAAUACCACCCUUUCAAAAAGUACAGAGACAUUUUUCCCAAUUGGCAUAUUCCAGCAGAUCCCAGCAUACAAGCCUCAGACUACUGGAAAUAUGUGAUGGCAAAAUUCAACAAGGAAUUUUCCAAAGAGUAUGAUGCAUGCCCAGGAGAUAUCCCCCCUGCCUGGAAAUUGAUCACAAAGGAACAGGCAGAAAAGAGCCUUAGAGAGUCUUUUAGCAUUACUAAUGCUUUGAGUCCCACGGUAUCGCCAGCGCAUUUUAGUGCUUCUAACCCCUUUUAAACAUUGUGUGUUUUAGCUACAGACUGGUGUUUCUUUUGCAUUCUUCUACAUAGAAGAUCAUUGUACAUCCCAGGACAUAGUGGCUCAGCGGUCUAAGGCACUGCAUCUCAGUGCAAAAGGUGUCACUAAGGUGUCACCCUGGUUCGAAUCCAGGUUGUAUCACAUCUGUCUGUGAUUGGGAGGCUCAUAUGGCGGCGCACAAUUGGCCCAGCGUCGUCCAGGUUUGGCAUGGGUAGGCCGUCAUUGUAAAUAAUAAUUUGUUCGUAACUGACUUGCCUAGUUAAAUAAAACAUUUGGUCUAUAAUACUGUAAUAAGCUCACAAAAUUGUUGUCACAAACUCCCCAUAGUUGUCACUGGAAUAAUAUGGUAUAACAUUUUAAUGUGAGGCUAAAUAUGAGGGCAGAGUAAGCAGAAGAAUGAAAGUAGUGAAUUUCAGGUAUAUCGUCCAGGGAUCCCUGCGUCUGAAAAAGUUUAUAAUUGAGAGCCCAUUCAUCCUCUCGAUGAGGAAUAGCAUCUUGAAGAGUAAUAAUGUGUCGGACCAUAGUAAAAAAAAAAAAAAGAAGCCGUUGCCGGUAAGAGAAAUUGACAGAUUUAACACUAAACAAAGAAGAUACAUUUAUAAUAAAGAUGCUUAAAUAUGCUUAAAUCUGAUUCUGUUUCAGGUUUUAGUUUACAGAAUCAAGACAAGGCAUCUGUUUCAUCACUAAGCAGAAUAGUCUAAUCGAAGAGCCACCAAAUGGUGGUUGGAAUGAUAAUCUGUUAUACACUGUGCCUCAGCUUCUUUGCUUGAAAGCAAUUCGCAAAAGAUACAUCAGUCCUUGAACUUGAUAUGUAACUAUCAGUCUACUUUGGCAGGCACUGACAACAAUCAACAAGGAAUCUGUUUUCUGAUGCGAACUGCAGAAUAUUGCCUCUUGAAGUCAACCCUUUUUUGAGAAUCUUCUACAUUUAAGUAAUGGUAGUAUUUACAGAGAAUAAUUUUCUAAUUAUGUUUUGUAUUUGUGCUAGUAUUAAUUUACAGUUUGGGGUUUUUAUGUGUUUUUUAUCUUUCAUUUUUCUGUAACAUUGGGUUUGGUAAAAUCAAGCAUGGUCUGAUAUUUAACUUACACUUCUGUGAUUCAGGAAAGUGUUGAGAAACCAUUGAAUUGGAAAAUUGUGGUGUUCUCUGAGAAUAUAAUACUUUUCUUAACGUUUCACUUUUCUAAGAGACUUUGAGAUUAUAUUGUCUCUGUGAAAUAUCACUGCUUAGCUAUUUGUAGUAGCUGAAUAGUAAGAUUAAAUUGUGUACUUACAAUACUAUACCCUGAAGUACACACAUAAUCAUCCUGAUGCCUCCUACUGUCAGGGUUGGGUUCAAUUCAAUUUCAAGUCUGGUCAAUUCAAAAAGUGAACCAAACGCCAAUUCAAAUUCUAAUUUUUCCUAAUAGAAGUGAUCUGGAAUUUUAGUGUGCUGUACAUCCUGAUCUGACGGGAGUUGAAAUGCAAUUGACCCCAACCCAGCUUAAUGUAUUAGUAUUUCCCACCAAAUAUAUUCCAUAAUAAACGAAUCACUUUCUUGUAUAAUAUAUCAAUGGAAAAUAAUCUUAACAGUGAGUCCUUGAACUGGUCCAGUUGGUCAAUGAGGAGGUGCAGUCAACAACAGCUAUGAUUGUCUUUUAACAAAGUAGGCUACACCAACUGUAGUAAACUUUCCUUUUUAAAAUGUAUUCAAUGAUUAUAUACUUAGAGAAAAAUAGCUUCCAUUGAAUACAACACAAAAGCAGCACAUUGAUUUUCAAGUGAGGGUCAAUGAAUUGAUAUACUGGACUACCAGCUGAAUAUUUCAAAUCAAGUAGCUUUUUAUUGCUGUGGUAGCACAAACAACAUGGCACAGUCAUGAGAGAAUGAAAAUACAAAAGUUUAAUGCAUUACAUUUCAUGUUGUA